AUGAACAGCCCGGGGACAUCGGUUGCAGUGAGCUCAAUUCUGAUGGGUCUAGUCAUGGUUGGAAGAGCAGCUUUUGUGUUUCCUCUUUCCUUCUUAUCAAAUUUAUCCAAGAAAACCCAGAGCGAGAAAAUCGAUAUCAAGCAGCAAUUUGUGAUUUGGUGGGCUGGAAUGAUGAGAGGUGCUGUAUCUAUGGCUCUUGCCUACAACAAGGUGUUCGGUAUGCUGACGAAACCGCUGAUAAGACACCUAAUGCCACAUCAAAAAGCGACCACGAGCAUGUUAUCCGACGAUAACACUCCGAAAUCAAUCCACAUUCCGCUCCUAGAUGGCGAACAGCAAGAUUCAUUCGUCGAGCUCUCUGGUAACCACCACGACGUGCCACGGCCAGACAGCAUUCGUGGUUUCCUCAUGCGUCCCACGCGCACCGUACACCAUUACUGGAGACAGUUCGAUGAUGCCUUCAUGCGUCCUGUCUUUGGUGGUCGAGGUUUCGUUCCCUUUGUCCCUGGUUCUCCGACAGAGAGAAGCUCCCACGAUCUUAGUAAACCUUGA